AUGUUCCUGGGAGACACCAAGGACGCGCACGUCGUGCCCUUCUUCAUCAACGGCAAAGACUACCAUCCAGAGCGAUCCUUCGACGUCGUAUCCCCCGUCACCGGCAAAGUCUCCCAUCGAUGCGGUGCAGCCACCGUCUCGGACGCCGCUGCGGCCGUGGAUGCGGCGGCUGCGGCCUUCAAGACGUGGAGAAGGACGUCACCUGCGUAUCGCCGUGACAUCUUCCUCAAGGCCGCCGACUUGAUCCAGCAGAAGGGCGGCGAGCUGGCCGACGUCAUGGCAAACGAGACGGGGGCUUCUCUUCCCUGGGCUCUCUUCAACAUCAAGACUGCGGCCGAGCUGAUCCGAGACGCUGCCAGCCGAAUCUCUGCCAUUGAAGGGUCGUUUCCUUCCCUGGCAGACCCCAACAGCAGCGGUAUCGUGCUACGAGAGCCCUACGGUGUUGUUCUGUCCGUGGCUCCAUGGAACGCUCCCUACAUUCUGCCCACCCGCUCCAUAGUCGGCCCAGCUGCCGCCGGCAACACCGUCGUCCUGAAAGCUUCGGAGCACGCGCCCGCGUGCAUGAGGGCUCUCAUAUACGUCUUCCACGAGGCGGGCGUGCCCAGCGGAGUCAUCAACAUGAUCGCCCACGACCGCGACACCGCAGCCGAGAUCACCACGGCGCUCAUCGCCAAUCCCCACGUCAGAAAGAUCAACUUCACGGGCAGCACCGGCGUCGGGCGCGUCAUCGGGCGGCUCGCCGGCGAGCACCUCAAGCCCGUCAUCCUGGAGCUCGGCGGCAAGGCGCCGGCCAUCGUGUGGGAGGACGCGGACCUGGACCUCGCGGCCCAGCAGUGCGCCAUCGGCGCGUUCCUCCACGGCGGCCAGAUCUGCAUGUCCACCGAGAAGAUCAUCGUCCACAGCAAGGUCCGACCCCAGUUCCAGGAGAAGCUCGUCGCCGCCGUCAACGAAAUCUUCCCGCCCGACAGCCCCGCACCGUUGCUCAUCAACGAAGCGGCCGUCAAGCGCAACAAGGCGCUCGUCCAAGACGCCGCGGCAAAGGGCGCCACCGUAAUCCUCGGCAACGUCCACAACGACGACGACGACGCCAACGAGUCUUCCCGCGGCGGCAGCACGGAACUGCGCCCCGUCAUCGUCGGCGACGUGACGCCCGAGAUGGACCUGUAUGCCACCGAGUCCUUUGGCCCGACCGUCUCCCUCCACGAGGUCGAGACGGAGGCGCAGGCCCUGGCGCUCGCCAACGACUCCGAGUACGGCCUCACGGCGGCCGUCUUCACCGACGAUCUGAGGAGGGGCCUGCGUUUCGCGAGGGAGAUUGACAGCGGCGCCGUGCACAUCAAUGACAUGACUGUUCACGACGAACCGGCUCUGCCGCACGGAGGGACCAAGUCGAGCGGGUUUGGGCGGUUCAAUUCGGCCAUUGGGCUGGACGAGUGGGUGAGGACAAAGACGGUUACUUUUAAGCACUAG